AUGCAAACUCGAAGUUCAGGUACUGAAAGUCUUACACCAUUUGAUUCUGAGAUCGAAGCUACUGCACGGAGAAGACAAGGUAGAAAAAGGAGAAAUCGGAAAAGAAGGACUAUGGGUGAAACAGACAAAUCUCUUCAAGAGUACGGAAUUCCUGACACAACAACAGGAAUUCUCUCUAGUAUCGUCAGACCACCUGUCACUGCUCAGAAUUUUGAACUGAAGACUCAGUUCAUUCAAUUCAUCUCCAAUGAUGCUUUUUCGGGGUCACCGAAGGAAUGCCCUAUUGAUCACAUUGACAGUUUCCUGGAAAAGUGUGAUACAAUGAAGAUUCAUGGAGUUACUGACGAUGCUAUUAGACUUCGUUGCUUCCCGUUUUCACUUAGGGAUUUAGCAAGGGAGUGGUUACGAGAUGAAGGCGUAGGUUCGUUUGAUACAUGGGACAAGCUUGCAAGGGCUUUUCUGAUCAGAUUCUUGGGGCCAGAGAAAACUGCAGAGUUGAGGAAUGCCAUAUCCACUUUCAAGCAAUCAGAGGAUGAGUCCUUAUAUCAUUCAUGGAGGAGAUUCAAGCGAUUGCAGAGACACUGUCCUCAUCACGGUAUUCCAGAGUGGAUGCUGAUUCAGACCUUCUAUAAUGGUUUGACUCAUGAGUUCCGCAUAUACAUUGAUGCUGCGUCCGGUGGUUCUCUCAUGACUAAAAACCCAACUGAAGCCAAGGCGUUGAUUGAGAAGAUGGCAGCCAAUGAUAGUUAUCAUCCAGGGGGCCGAAAUUCUGUGAAAACCAGAGGAAAAUUUGAUGUUGAUGCUUUAACCCUCUUGACAAGUUCCGUGCAAGCAUUGACUAGCAAGUUCGAUAAGCUCCAAGCCGGAUCAUCUUCUACUUCAUCAGAAACAUGUCAAUUAUGUGGUAUCCAAGGCCACAUAGCAUCACAAUGUCAACCUCCUCUCGAAGACAUGUCAAUUGAGCAAGCAAAUGCCUUCUAUACCACGCAAUCCAAAAGGCCAAAUGAUCCCUAUUCCAACACAUACAAUGAAGGGUGGAGGAAUCAUCCGAAUUUCUCUUACAAGAAUACUCAAGCUCAACAGAAUCCACCUCCUCCACAACCUCGCAACAACUACAUUGCACCACCGGGUUUCCAACCAAGGCCACCACAACAUCAACAACUAGUGCAACAACCACCACCUCAAAAGACUAAUCUUGAGUUGAUGAUGGAGAAUUUUAUUGCUACCACCAACAAUUCCAUUCAACAACUACAAGCUCAGAACAAGCUCAUGGAAAAUCAGAUAAGCCAACUUGCCCAUCAAGUUGGUCAAUCUUCGAAGGCUCCGGGUUCUUUUCCGGGUCAGACAGAGCAACCACCAAAAGGACAUAUCAAUGCCAUCACUUUGAGGAGUGGAACACAAUUGGAAGAUCCUCCCGCAAGGGAGCCAUCAAAUAAGGUUGUUGAAGAGGUAGUCACUAAUGAUAAGGUGGUCGAUAGUAGUGUGAUCGAGGAUGAACCAAAGGCAUUGAAUCCACCUCCACUUGUCCCAUAUGUUCCACAAGUUCCUUUCCCGCAAAGGUUGGCACAAGCAAAGUUGGAGAAGAAGUAUGGAAAAUUCCUUGAGAUUUUAAAGAAGCUUCACAUCAAUAUUCCAUUCUUAGACGCCAUAUCCGAGAUGCCCUCUUAUGCCAAAUUCUUGAAGGAUAUGCUCUCCAACAAAAAGAAGCUAGAAGAGAAUGCUACCGUUGCUUUAACUGCGGAAUGUAGUGCUAUUUUGCAAAAUACUCUUCCUAAGAAGCUUGGUGAUCCGGGUAGUUAUUCAAUUCCAGUCAAGCUUGGGGAUAUGGAAAUUAAGAAGGCAUUGUGUGAUCUUGGUGCGAGUGUGAGUCUCAUGCCUCUAUCUAUCUGCAACAAGCUUCAAAUGGGUGAACUAAAGCCCACACGCAUCUCUCUACAACUUGCGGAUAGGUCGGUUAAAUUUCCUCUUGGUGUGCUUGAAGAUGUCCCUCUUCGCGUGGGAAAAUUCUUUAUUCCAUGUGAUUUUGUCGUGAUGGAAAUGGAGGAAGAUGUACAUGUCCCUAUUAUUCUUGGUAGGCCAUUCUUGGCUACCGCGGGUGCAAUGAUAGACAUGAAGAAUAGGAAGAUCACUUUUGAGGUUGGUGAUGAGAAGCUAGAAUACUCACUUGAUGAUUCUAUGGGAACCCCGUCUAUGGGAGACACCGUUUGCCAAGUGGAUGUUCUAGAUGAUUUACAACAUGAGCAGGUACCCUUGAAUAAGUCCGAUGAUGCACUUGAAACAGUGUUAAUGGGGAGUGCCGAUGAAGAAGAUUGGGAAACAAGAGAGUACAAGCGAUUACUUGAGGAAGCAAAAGCCAACCCGAUCACUACUCCAAUGAAGGAAAUUCUUAGCUCUUCGGGUGUUGGGGAGAGUACUACGCCUCCCGAGGUAGAAUUAAAACCCCUUCCCUCUUCUCUUAAUUAUGCAUAUCUUGGUCCUAAUGAUACAUAUCCUGUUAUUGUUAAUGCUGAGCUUAAUGACACUCAAUUGGAGCAAUUGCUCGAUGUUUUGAGAAAUUAUAAAAGUGUCAUUGGGUACACCAUUGAUGAUAUUAAGGGUAUUAAUCCCUCUUUUUGUAUGCAUAAAAUCAUUCUUGACGACGAUCAUGCCUCCUCCAUAGAACCUCAAAGAAGACUUAAUCCAAAUAUGAUGGAGGUAGUUAAAAAAGAGGUUCUUAAAUUGCUUGCUGCAGGGAUAAUUUACCCUAUCUCAGAUAGUAAGUGGGUUAGUCCUGUGCAAGUGGUACCAAAAAAAGGAGGUAUGACCGUUGUUAAGAAUGAUAAGGGUGAGCCAGUCGCCACUAGGACUGUUACAGGUUGGCGAAUGUGUAUUGAUUAUAGAAGGCUUAAUAAGGCCACCCGAAAGGACCACUUCCCUCUCCCUUUCAUUGAUCAAAUGUUAGAACGUUUAGCUAAGCAUUCAUUUUUCUGCUACUUGGAUGGAUACUCUGGUUUCUUUCAAAUUCCUAUUCGUCCUUGUGAUCAGGAAAAGACCACAUUUACAUGCCCGUAUGGCACUUUUGCAUACCGUAGGAUGCCGUUCGGACUAUGUAAUGCUCCAGCUACGUUUCAGCGUUGUAUGAUGGCAAUUUUCUCAGGUCUUAUUGAAAAUUCUAUGGAAGUAUUUAUGGAUGAUUUUUCUGUUUAUGGAACAUCUUUCGAUUUAUGUCUUGAAAAUUUAAAAAAGGUGCUCCAUAGAUGUAGGGAAGUCAAUCUAGUUUUAAAUUGGGAAAAAUGUCAUUUUAUGGUGCAACAGGGAGUCGUUUUAGGUCAUGUUGUGUCAAAUAAGGGUAUCGAAGUUGAUAAAGCAAAGAUAGAGGUCAUUGAGCGGUUACCCCCUCCUAACUCUGUAAAAGGAGUUCGGAGCUUUUUGGGUCAUGCAGGAUUUUAUCGUCGUUUCAUUAAAGAUUUCUCAAAAAUCGCUCGACCUCUAACUGAGCUUUUAGCUAAAGAUGCCCCGUUUGUUUUUACUGAUGCUUGUCUUGAGGCUUUCAACAGGUUGAAGGAAGCCUUGAUUUCUGCUCCAAUUAUGCAAUCUCCAGAUUGGACCCUACCAUUUGAGAUCAUGUGCGAUGCUAGCGACUACGCGGUAGGUGCUGUUUUAGGCCAACGGAAGGACGGUAAACUUCAUGCUAUCUAUUACUCUAGUAAAACUCUUGACCAUGCUCAAAUGAAUUAUGCCACAACUGAAAAAGAGAUGCUAGCAGUAGUAUAUGCAAUAGAUAAAUUUCGUUCUUACCUUGUUGGUUCCAAAGUGAUAGUUCAUACAGAUCAUGCGGCAUUGAAGUACUUGAUGAGUAAGAAGGAUGCAAAGCCCCGUUUGAUCCGUUGGAUUCUUUUACUACAAGAUUUCGACAUUGAGAUUAAGGAUAAAAAGGGUUCCGAGAAUGUCGUCGCUGAUCAUCUUUCCCGUCUCCUCCUAGAGAAGGGGGAUGGAGACGAUCUCCCUAUUGAUGACUCUUUUCCUGAUGAACAUUUGCUAGCUCUCUCACAAAUUGAGUCACCUUGGUAUGCUGAUUUAGCUAAUUUUUUAUCCACAGGUACAAUGCCUCACGGCUACUCGUCUCAACAAAAGAAGAAAUUCUUUUAUGAGGCGAGGAGACAUUUUUGGGAGGAUCCAUUCUUAUAUAGAUUAUGCGCCGAUGCGAUGAUUAGACGUUGUGUCCCAGAAGGUGAGGUAACCCAUAUUAUUUCUCACUGUCAUGACUUACCAUGUGGUGGACAUGCAGGUACAACGAAGACGGCCGCAAAAAUAUUGCAAUGCGGUUUUUAUUGGCCGACCUUGUUCAAAGAUGUCAAUUCAUAUGUCAAGGCUUGUGAUCGUUGUCAACGGACAGGUAAUAUUUCAAGGAAGAAUGAGAUGCCACUAAACAACAUACUCGAGGUCGAGUUGUUUGAUGUGUGGGGGAUAGAUUUUAUGGGACCAUUUCCCUCUUCCUAUGGGAAUCGUUAUAUAUUAGUUGCCGUUGACUAUGUUUCAAAGUGGGUCGAAGCUAUUGCUACUCCCACUAAUGAUGCUCGUGUGGUAAGUAAAUUUUUCAAGAAAAUUAUUUUUCCUAGAUUUGGUAUCCCACGUGUGUUGAUUAGUGACAGGGGAACACAUUUCUUGGAGCAUCGUUUUGAAGCAAUGUUGAAGAAAUAUGGAGUGCAACAUAGACUUGGUAUUGGCUAUCACCCACAAACUAGUGGCCAAGUAGAGGUGUCGAAUCGAGAAAUCAAGUCUAUACUAGAGAAGACGGUCGCAAAGUCAAGGAAGGAUUGGUCCAUAAAAAUUGAUGAUGCAUUAUGGGCGUACCGAACGGCGUUCAAAACACCAAUUGGUACAACCCCAUAUAGACUGGUGUAUGGGAAGGCGUGUCACCUACCUGUUGAGUUGGAACACCGAGCAUUUUGGGCUAUUAAGACUUUAAAUUUUAAUGCUCAAGCAGCGGGGGAGAAGAGAUUGCUACAACUUAAUGAGUUGGAUGAACUUCGUCUUGAAGCUUAUGAAAGUUCGAAAUUGUACAAAGAAAGGACCAAAAGGUGGCAUGACAAGGGUCUUGUGAGAAGAGAAUUCAAGGAAGGAGAUCAAGUGCUUUUAUUCAACUCGAGGUUGAAAUUGUUUUCUGGUAAGCUCCGUUCUAGGUGGUCAGGUCCAUUCAAGGUUUGUAAGGUCUACCCGUAUGGUACUAUUGAAUUAUGGAACAAAGAUGGGGGCACUUUUAAGGUGAACGGACAAAGAGUGAAGCACUAUCGAGUGGGUGAUCCAAUUGAUGAAAGGGUGGACAUUACACUCUCAACCCCAUCACAAGACAAUUGA